AUGCCAGCACAAUCCCCUUUCAUUGCCGAGGCAUGGAUAGAAUUUUCAAUAGGUACAUUAGCCGUCUUCCUAAGACUCUUUUCACGGUGGAAACUGGUGGGGUUUAAAGGAUGGCGCGGUGAUGAUUACAUGAUUAUCUUAGCAGCGCUGUUUUGGACGUCUGAGAUUGUUCCAGUGUACCUUGUUGGGGCAAUUUAUGGGAACAAUACUGGAUGGACACCUGAGCAGAGAGCCGGUUUUUCGAGUACCGAUAUCAGUAACAUGGAGACCGGAUCGAAGUUGGUGAUAUCGGCAUGGUUUGGCUACGCCACAAUUAUGUGGUCAUUGAAAGCAUCUAUGCUGUUUUACUAUGACCGUAUGACGGCUGGUAUCUAUCAGCAAAAGAUCGUUAGGGCUUGUGCUGUUUUCUGUGCUGUUUCCUACUUCGUCGUCAUUUUGACCAUUGCCUUGCACUGUCGACCUUUCUCCAAGAACUGGCAAGUGAAUCCAGAUCCGGGUAGAGAAUGUUCGACACACUAUACACCUUAUCCAGUUCUAGCUGCCUUCAACGUAACAACCGAUUUAAUACUCGUUUAUGUACCUAUUCCAAUGCUUAUUCGGGUGAGACUUCCCAUAACAAAGAAACUUAUGGUUGGUUCAUUACUUUGCUCAGGAGUUUUUGUAAUGGUCGCCUCAUUGCUGAGAUGCAUUCUGUCAAUGACACAUCUGGACCAGAUUAAUUUCGCAGCUAUCUGGGCAUUCGUUGCCAUGGUUGCUGUUAACGCCCCUGCAAUCAAGCCUUUGUUCAGCGCGUCCACGUGGGUGACUUCAUCUAAGCUCCGGAGCUCAAGCCGCCAUAGUUACAGACUUUCUUCAAUGAAUACUCAGGUGAAGAGAAACUUACCCAGCCAACGUGAUAAACAAGAUAGCCAGGAGUUUAUCCUUUCGCACGAGGAAGGAUUGACUUCAUAUGGAUUCAAAAGUGACGUAUCAAAGGGCGAGCAGGUAGAGGGUGUGACCGAUGGAAUCAAGGUCACAACUGAGUAUACAGUCACCACUGGGGAAGGUGUGUAG